CCAUACAUACAAGGACCGUGAGCUAAACACAAUUGGGCCUUCAUUGAAGUUAUUGGGCUUCAUUUUCGAAAAGGUACUUGAGAUAAAAGCCCACUUCCAAGUUUCUCCAUUUGCCAACACACUGAACCCAAUUAGUCAUCACCUCACGCACUGGCGGCGAUGGCGGCGGCCGGAAAACGAGUGGUGACCCUCGGCAGCAAAGGCUCUUCUUUAACUCCUUCCUCCGUAUUCGAUGUCGCCAAUGGCUUCGCUCGCGUCACGAUCGACUCCUCCGCCCUCUCCCGCCGCUCCUCCUCCUCCACCUCUUCGAAUUCCGCCGCCGCGAAAUUUCCAUUUACAGUUCCGAGUUAUUUCUCGCUCGAAGAAGCUAGGGCUUCCUUGAUCCUCCUGCUGAACAAGUUACUACUUUCCUCGUCUUCAUCCUCCGCCGCUGCCCAGCUGCUCGAGAUCCUCGAGCGAGGUGUUUGCAUAUCGGAAUACACCCUGAACGACGUCGCAUCGGGUGAUUUGCCGCAGCUUGAUUACUCCGUCGCGGCUAUCGACGGCGUCUCCGCCAUCCUCGACCACCGCUCGUCUGCUCUGGCCUCCAUCGCCGACGCCUUCGCAGCUCUCUCGUGCGAGGCCCUGCGAGCUGAUGUGUCAUCGUUCAAUCUGAUGGACUCCGGUGACGGAUCCUCGGCGAAGGACGCUGUUGCCGUUGCCGCUGAUUUUAAGGUGUUUUUCAAUGGGUCAAAGCUGGUAAACACGGGGAAAAAGCUUUCAGAUCUUUCGAUGGCGGAGAUUCCUUCUGUCCAUGGCAAUUUCAGGGAAGUCUCUCGUUUGCUACACUCAAAAACUAGGGUUCAGUUGAAUUCCGGGUUCAGGGCGGGAUCGGCAAAAGACAUGUCCACUGCAUUGUCAUCGUUGGCAAUGUCCCUGUUGAAUUUGGGGGAUAUUAGUGUCCGCCGAUCAAACCUCCUGGCCGAAUCAAUUUCAGAUACUAUAAUUCGUGCUCGUUUGGUGGAGAUGUUGCCUGCUGAGUGCCGGUCUGCAGGUACAUUGGAGGCGCUGCACAUGUCCUCACAAGCUGCUCUCAGAAAAAAGGACUACUUUUUGUUCCUGCACAAUAUUUAUGAAUUACUGGAUGUGGGCAGGAAGAUUGUUUCUUGUGAGGGGUUAAUUGCAUUUGUGGCGCUCGAAGGGAGUGAGAUUUUUUCCCAGACAAUUCAAAGGGACAAUGGAAAUGUGGAUAAGGCUAUGGGCGGAGAAUGUGUGAAGGCUGACAAGAAAAAUGAGAAGAAAAAGAAGGUUGUUUUGGGGAAAGGGUCAAUUGCUCUUGUGCAGUUCAUUAAAGACAGAUUGCUGGGUGGAGCAGCAAAAGCUGACUUGGAAAAAUGCACUCAGGAAUUCCUUGCCUUGCUGGACCCUAGGGGUUCGGGGUUUAAUGAUCUCAUUGUGAAAGUGAAAGAGAUUGUUGAAAGUAAUGAAAGCCGAAGGCUUCCUAAGCUCCCUAAGGGUACUCGUGAUUUUGCGAAAGAGCAGAUGGCAGUCAGAGAGAAAGCUUUCUCAAUUAUAGUUGAGGUUUUCAAAAGGCACGGUGCCAUGGCUUUAGAUACUCCUGCUUUUGAAUUGAGGGAGACUCUUAUGGGAAAGUAUGGAGAAGACUCGAAGCUGAUCUAUGACCUUGCUGAUCAGGUGAAAUUAAAUCACCGGAAGCUGCUGGAUGGCAUGCUAGCUAUUUGUGGGGUGCCACAAGAAAAAUUCAGAACUAUCUGCUCGAGCAUUGACAAACUAGACAAGCAGACGUUUGAGCAGGUCAAAAAGGAAAUGGUUGAAGAAAAAGGUUUGGCCGAGGAGACUGCAGAUAAAAUCGGAACUUUGGUUAAACACAGAGGAUCCCCUGUGGAGCUACUGUCCCAGUUAAGGAAGGAAGGUAGCGAGAUUUUGACCAACAGUGAUGCUGAGGUGGCAUUGAAUGAAUUGGACACUUUAUUCAAGGCUCUGGUGAAGGCUAAGUGUGUGGACAAAGUAACUUUCGACUUGAGCCUUGCACGAGGCUUGGAUUACUACACUGGGGUCAUAUUCGAGGCUGUUUUUAAAGGAGCUACACAGGUCGGUUCAAUUGCUGCGGGGGGACGUUAUGACAAUCUGAUAGGGAUGUUUGGGACGAAGCAGGUUCCGGCAGUUGGGAUCAGCUUAGGUAUAGAGAGAGUAUUUGCUAUUAUGGAGCAGCUCCAAAAGGAUAAAGAUCAGGAAAUCCGAGCAACCGAGACUCAAGUCCUGGUGAGCAUACUCGGGGAUGACCUGUCUCUGGGUGCCGAGCUUGUGAGCGAGCUGUGGGCCGCGAAGCUGAAAGCCGAGUUCUCGGUCAAUAAAAGGGUCAUCAAGCACAUUGACCGGGCUCGUGGGGCCCGCAUUCCCUACAUGGUGAUUGUGGGAGAUCAGGAGCUGAGCAAAGGGAUAGUGAAGCUGAAAGAUGUCACGGCUGCUAACGAGUGUGAGGUUCCGAGAGGUGAGAUUGUGGCCGAGCUCAAGAGACGGUUGAGCGACACAAUUGAAACUGGAAUAUUCUGUCGAAACCCAUAUAAUGUAACCGGAAUUUGCAACCGGAGCUCGUGCCCGCUCGCCAACAGCCGUUACGCCACAAUUCGGGAACACGAGGGUGUUUUUUACUUGUAUAUGAAGACUAUAGAAAGAGCACAUAUGCCUAAUAAGCUCUGGGAAAGGGUCAAAUUGCCGAGAAAUUAUGAGAAGGCCCUCGAAAUAAUUGACAAGCACUUGAUGUUCUGGCCAAAGUUAUUGGUACACAAGACGAAACAGAGAUUGACUAAGAUGACACAGAUGCGUAUUCGCAUGAGGAAACUUGCUCUGAAGACCAGAGAGAAAAUUAUGACGGUGCCGACAAAAGAAAAGAAAAGAGAAGCUCGGAGAGAGGAAAAGGCUGAGAAAGCUGCAGUCUUGGAGAAAAGUAUUGAAAAGGAGUUGAUUGAACGUCUCAAGCAAGGAGUAUAUAACGACAUCUAUAACUACCCUGUUAAUGAGUUUAACAAUAUCCUCGAUCAGGAGGUUGGAAAAAGUGCUAUUAGUGAGGAUGAAGAGGAACCUGAAAUUGAAUACGUCGAAGGUUAUGAGGAUCUUGAGGAGGAGUUGGAGGACAUUGAGGAUUUCGGUGGUUUUGAUCUUGGAGAGGAUGACAAUAAUGGCUGGUCAGACAAUGACACAAUAACAUAA